AUGAACACCCUCUCGCGCGUGGACGCGCUGUUCACGCACCUCCUCGAACCCUCCUCGUCUCGGACCCCUAUGCCCCCGCCCACCCCUCUCGGCCUGGACAAAUCUACCCGUAUCCACACUACAUCCCCCUCUCGCCCUCUCUCUCCCUUCGCGGUCGACUUUGACUCUCACCUUUCUCCUCCUGUACAGCGGCGCCGUAGAUCUCUCAAACGUCGUCGCAAAGCUACAUCCGCAUCCUCCGUCAAGCUGCCUCCACCCUCUACGCCCUUCUUCCUCCGCAUCGCACUCGGACUAUGGUCGAUCCUCCUCUCAUUCUGGACCUCUCUAGUUGGCGAGACGAGGGCGGAAAGGGGGAGAAGGCGCACGCAGAAGAGACGGAUUGGGACGAAGAAGGCGGGGAUGAGCUCGGAUGACGGGAGCGGGACGGAAGUGGAGCUCCUGAGUGUCAGCGGUGGCGUAGGGGUGGAUGUGGGUGGUGAAUUGGGUGAUGUGACGGAGACAGAAGGGGAAGAUGGGGAUGGCUGGAAUGGCAGAGUGGAGGAGGUGCAGGGGAUGGAUCUCCGGGUUAAUCCGCCAACACCGGAGAGAACGUACAAUCUUCGCUCGUCAAAUGGCUCGCCGGCCGGUAUACUCUCCAACCCACUACCCGGGACAUCACCCUCUCGUGCCCGUACAUCACUCACGCCCACGCCUCCUCGAGGCGCCCGACUACUGCCCAAUCCUAUGAACACGUCCCUGCUCGACCCCUCCGUCUCCCUCUUCUCGGCAACCCUCCCGCCACAGCUUCCCCCUCCUCCACCUCGGAUCCGACCACAUCACACCCCUUUCCAUCUACAGAAGACGCUCAUUCUGGAUUUGGACGAGACUCUUAUUCACUCGACAAGCCGGCCGCUUGGAUAUGGCACGUCCGGGGGAGGCGGGAUGCUGGGGAUAAGUCUGGGAGGGCUGUUAGGUGGGCGGAAGAGUAGGAGGGAGGGGCAUACAGUGGAGGUGGUGCUAAGAGGAAGGAGCACGACGUAUCACGUCUACAAAAGGCCUUAUGUGGACCACUUUCUCAAAAAGGCUGCAUCAUGGUACACCCUCGUCAUCUACACAGCCUCCAUGCCAGAAUACGCCGACCCCGUUAUCGACUGGCUGGACGCCGGCCGGUCCCUCUUCGCUAAACGCCUGUACCGCGACUCAUGCUUCCUCCAGACGAACGGCUCGUACAUCAAGGACCUGGCGUUAGUAGAGCAAGACCUAAGCAGGGUGUGCUUCAUGGACAACUCGCCUGUCAGCUACGCGUGGAACAAGGCGAAUGCCUUGCCAAUAGAAGGCUGGACGUCUGAUCCGAACGACGAAGCGUUACUGCAGAGUCUGCCCGUCCUGGACUGUUUGCGGUUCGUUAAUGACGUGAGGCGGAUUUUGGGGAUCAGAGGGUUUUCUUGA